CCCCGAAGCGUUAUACUGUUUGUGAGCCACUGAGAAGACACUAAAGUAGAAUCUAAAGUGACAAAUGACCGCAUGGUCGCUCACGCCUGCCCAACGCGAGGAUGUGGUCCAGCGCUUGGUCAGCAACAUAUGUGCGCUCGCGCACGUCCAGGGCCUGGAGCUGAGCGCUGAGGUCGCGGCGGUCGCGGCUGCUGCUAUCGAGAAGAAGGCGUACACCGCCGCCGAGGUCGCGGCGCGCACCACCACCGGGAACCGCCCCCUCGCGGAGACCACCAGCGGCUAUGCGCGUAAGCUGGGCGAGCUGGUGAUUCAGACAGUGAAGGACGGUGGCAAGGUGGAGGGCGUGGCCAUGCCCGGCGCCGCCAUCGCCGCGGCCGGCACAGUGACGCACGUGGACCUGACCGGAAGCCGCGACUUCCUGACCGCGGACGCCACCGAGCAGCUGCUGGCAGCGCUGCUGGCGCCUGGCAGCGGCGUCAGCACGAUUCGCUUCAGCACCAAGUCCUUUGGCCGCGACGCCGCCGCCGUGGCCGCUCGCGCCAUCGCCGCGGUCUCGGGUGUGCUGCGGGAUGCGGACAUCAGUGACGUCAUCGCCGGCCGCCCGGAGGACGAGGCUCUGGAGGUGCUGCGUGUGCUGAGCGGCGCGCUGGCAGGCGCCCCGCAGCUGACGGCUCUCAACCUGUCUGACAACGCGCUGGGCGAGAAGGGCGUGCGCGCGUGCGAGGCAGUGCUCAAGGGCAAGGCGCCGCUGGAGUCUCUGUCGCUCCAGAACGUGGGCCUGUCCGUGCACGCCUGCCGCGCCACCGCCGAGCUGCUGGCAGACCCCUCCAGCCUGCGCCGGCUGCAGCUGUUCAACAACAUGAGCGGCGACGAGGGCGCCGCCCACAUCGCCGGACUGCUGGCGCGCGCACCGCGCAUGGAGGACAUCCGCUUCGCGUCCAGCCGCGUUGGCCCCGCGGGCGGCAUUGCACUGGCGCAGGGGCUCAUGUCAGGCAGUUGCCUGGUGCGCCUGGACUUCUCCGACAACCCGCUGACGGCGGAGGCGGCCCCGGCGCUGGCGGCGGCGCUUGCGCGGCAGCCGGCGCUGCGGGUGCUCAACCUGAACGACACGGGCCUGGGCCCCGACGGCGUGGCGGCCCUGUGCGGCGGCCUGCUGCAGAGCUACGCGGCGGCGGAGGCCACCGGCCAGCCCCGGCAGCAGCUGGAGGAGCUGGGCCUGGCGCUGAACGAGGUGGACCCCACGGCGGCCAAGGCUGUGGCGGCGCUGGUGGCGGCGCACGCCCGCUCGCUGCGCUCCGUCAACCUGCGCGAGAACGAGCUGGGCGACCGCGGGGCCGUCACGCUGGCGCGCGCGCUGGUGGCGCUGGCGGCGCCGCAGAGCGUUGACCUGGUCGGCAACCAGAUCCGGCGUGUGGGUGCGGUGGCCGCUGCCAAGGCGGUGGCGGGCAAGGCCUCGCUGCAGCUGCUGGCGCUGGACGAGAACGAGAUCAGCGAGGCGGGCCUGGAUGAGCUGCGGUCUGUCAUGGCGGCGGCGGGCAAGGCGGCGGCGCUGGGCCCCUUGGAUGACAACAUGGAGGAGGACGACGAGGAGGAGGAGGAGGAAGAGGAGGACGCUGGCAACGACUUUGGCCUUUCUGACCUGCUGUCGCGCGCCGCCAUCAACUGAAGUGGGGGGGGGACGAUGGUAGAAUCCGCUGUCAAGUGUUUGGCAUCAUAAAUUUAUAAGGCCCCCGCCCCAAGCCCGGGCCUCUGGUGUUUACAAGACAGGACUGCACGCUACGUCGUGCGCACUACACACAGGAAAAGCUGUUGAGGCAGAGGUCACCAUACUGUGUUGUGCGCUGGUUCGGCGCAGUGCAGCGGAGACGAGGCUGCGGACGGGCUGUCGCGACGUGAUGGCCGUGUUAUGGUGGGGUGUUGCUCGGGGUCCGUGGUUGGCAACCAUAAGGGCUACUUGCAGGUCCUCGAGGGUAGCGCUAAUUUGGAGUUGCGCUAUUUUGGAGUCAGGUGUCAACGCAGCACGCGCGGACAGGGAUUGGACGUGGUUGUUCCAACCCUGGGGUUCAGGUAAGGAUUGCUUCGCUCAGGGGGCUCGCCUGCCUCUCGGACGCUACUGCCCAGGAGGGCAAGGAGGGGGCCCAGGAGCAGUGGCUGCGGGGGCUCUCGAAGGUGGUGGUGGCGAUUCAAGGGGGGGGGAGCGAAGCCCCCGAGGAACCCAGUCCUGUCCGUGCGUGCUGAAUCUGCAAAAAGUGUCGUACUGGCGCGAACUAUCCUUUUGUAGAAAAAUAGAUGGCGGACGAUACUGCGCUGAUGCUGCUUGGUAGAGUGCGGCCUGCGGCCCUGCGCCGUGGUGGCGGCGUUGAAUUCCAGAAUUCCUAGUACAAGCAAGAGCAGAGGGUGGUGAGAAGCAUAGUCCCGAGUGUGACGGCUAGAAUCCCGGCCCAUGAAUCCCACAACGCGUGUCAGGACACGAGUCGCAGAGGCGCGGCGAUGGUGGCGGCGGCCUGGCGGCGGCGAUGGCCCCGGCGACUGCGGCGGCGGCGCAGGGCCUAGGCCCAGCGGUGGCGGCGUGCGUGUGUAAAACAGGGAGCAAGCAAGGCCACGUGGAGGAGAGCGCAGCGCCGCCCGAGAAGCGGCGCCAGCGCGCAGGUUGGAACUUGCCGGUGUCUGGUUUGCGGUGUUUGCUGGCGGGCAGAGCGUAGCACGGUGGGACUCAUCACUGUUUGGUUUGUUGCCUGCUGUGCUUGAUGCUUGACGUUGGGACGUGGCUGGACACAGGGAGGGCGGUGCCUGUACCGACCGACCCCGGCUAUGUCCGGGAGAUGAAGGAGUUUCGAACCUCCGGCCGCAGACAUUGCACCAACAUGGCGUGACGGCACAGCACACUGUUCCCCUUCGCGGGCUGAACUGCUGAAGGUCUUGCCGUGUGGGACAUGGACGUCAUCGCCGGGGCACGGCCAUUACAACACAUUCGAACAUCCUGCACAUGCAUCGGCACCCGCGCAAGCCUCGAGCACUGGCCCUCUGGCGUUGGGCGGGGGAGAAGCCUAUUCCCCAAUGAGUCAAUGGCUUGGGCCCGCCCCUAGUUGCGCUGGCCUGACGCCUUCCUAGUCCUUGAACACGACCCUGUAACUGCGACCGGUG